GCUCCCCAACCUGCCCUUCUCCCACAUAAAACCAUCAACCUUUUCACCCCACCCCCUUCCCCUCCUCAUCAAACAACAUAAUCCCCAAAUCUUAGAGGAAUUUAUCAUUAAUACACAUACAGAACAUCAUCAAACACCAACAGGCCUCGAGACAGUGCGAGAAAAGAAAGAAAAGGAGCGGAAAAGAGAAAAAGAAAGGAAAAAGACGGGCUCUGUGAUGAAUAAGAGGAAGAAGCGGCCGCAGCAGCAGCAGCAGCAGCAGCAGAAGCGACCUUCGCCAUCUCCUUAGAUGCAUCACAAGACAUCCGAGGCUCAGAUCGGCAAGGAAAGCUUCGGUCUCUCCUCCGAUUUCAGCCGCUCCCCCAACCCUCUCCUCCCCCUCUACCACCACCACCACCACCACCACCACCCCCCUCCUUCUUCUUUCCUCCAAAUCCACAUCCCAAAUAAUUCCAACCCUAACCCUAACCCUAAUUCCGAUCCUCACCAUGCACCCCACCUCCUCCCCUCCGCCCCCCACAAGCGCCCCGUCAUGAACGCCUCCCCCGCCGCCGCCCGCCACCACCGACGACCAUCCCCCUCCCCCGCCCCCGUCCGACACCACCACCACCCCCCACGCCUCCUCCCCCACUUCUCCGCCGCCUCCACGCGCUCCGCCCUCCGCCACCUCCUCCGCCGCCUCCACCUCCGCCUCCGCCUUCUCCUCCUCCUCUCCCUCCCCUUCCUCUACCUUCUCCUCUCCCCUUCCUCCUCCGAUGCCGCCGCCGGCCGUUCCCUCCUUCUUGACUUCCUCUCCGCCCUUGCCUUCUCCUCCAUCCUCCUCCUCAUCCUCGCUCUCUCCCUCAAUGCCUUCCCUUUCCCCUCCAUCCGCCUCCUGCUCUCACGCUCCUCCGCCUUCCUUCUCCCCCGUCACCAUCUCCCACGCCGCCAGCCCCCUUCCCCCGUCCUCUGGUCCAUUGGCUCCUCCGACGACAAGCCCAAGGCCGACCGCCGCCCGGCCUCGGGCCUUGGGGUUCAGGUCUACAGCAACGGGGACGUCUACGAGGGGGAGUUCCACCAGGGCAAAUGCGCGGGAAGCGGGGUCUAUUAUUACUACAUGAGCGGGAGAUACGAGGGGGAUUGGGUCGACGAGAAAUACGAUGGGUAUGGGGUAGAGACCUGGGCCCGGGGAAGCCGGUACAGGGGCCAGUACCGGCACGGUCUCCGCCAUGGGUUCGGGGUGUAUCGGUUCUACACGGGGGAUGUCUAUGCCGGGGAGUGGUCCAACGGGCAGAGCCAUGGCUGCGGAGUGCAUACAUGCGAAGAUGGGAGCCGAUACGUCGGAGAGUUCAAGUGGGGGGUCAAGCAUGGGCUUGGGCACUACCAUUUCAGGAAUGGUGACACCUAUGCUGGUGAGUACUUUGCGGACAAGAUGCAUGGAUUUGGUGUUUAUUGUUUUGCAAAUGGGCAUCGAUAUGAGGGAGCAUGGCAUGAGGGAAGACGGCAGGGUUUGGGAAUGUAUACAUUCAGAAAUGGGGAAACACAGUCAGGUCAUUGGCAGAAUGGUGUCCUUGAUACUUUGAGCACCCAGAACAGUGUUCCUAUAUCACCAAUUGCUGUAAAUCAUUCCAGAAUACUCAAUGCGGUUCAGGAAGCACGAAGAGCAGCCGAGAAAGCUUAUGAUGUGCCAAGGGUUGAUGAUAGGGUGAACAAGGCUGUUGCAGCAGCCAACAAAGCAGCCAAUGCAGCUAGAGUUGCAGCGGUGAAAGCUGUUCAAAAGCGAAUCCCUAAUAAUGGUGAUGACAUACCAAUCCCAAUUGUGUGAGACAUUUGCUUUCUUGAUAUCAGGUUGGUUUUGCUUUGGCUCAAGGGCAGCAUUGAAGCGUUCGCGUAGAGCAACUUAGGGGACCAUACAGGCGAGCAUCAAAAGAAAUUUACCAGCAUCCCUGCAACCUGUUCUCUUUAGCUUUAUAGUCGUUUUUAAUCUUUUUUUUCCGAGAGUUUGCUUAACUCAAUUCCUGCUUUGAGCUACUUUCAGUUGUCGAAGAUGACUGAUUGAGAGGGGGCAGGUUUCUUUCUCCUUUAUCGUCUUUUUUUGGGCGUUAUGUAAUAUCUGAAUAUGAUGAGUGCAGCCCCAUUAGUGCGGACGGUGCCACCUGUGUGAAACUAGUUGUCUCUUUAUCUUUGUACAUGGCUGUUAUGAGUACCCGUUUCCAGGUUAAACCCCAUGCCAGAAAAUCGUCGUGGUCAUUGUGAUAAAAUGUCCUGAUAAAUGAAUAAGAGCAUUUUGCUUGCGGGUGAA